AUGAAACCACUGUAUUUGAUCUUCAGCCUUUGGGUUCUAGCAGGAUGUUUCCUGUUCAGUGAGUGUCACAGAGCCCACAGAAGACCAAACCAUGGAAGACCACCUCCUCCUCCUCACCCUCCCUUUUUUCCACCACACCGUCCACCCCCUUGUAUACCUGUAUUUCCACCUCCACAUCCCAGACCUCCAAGUAACAUUACCACUUCACCUCCUCCCCCAGUACCAACAAAUACACCAGCUGCCAGUGUCUCCGUAACUACUGCUACUGUCUCAAAUUCCACUGAUGCUUUUCAGAACCUUUUGGAAGCAAUAAGAUCUUUAUUGCAGUCAGGAUGAAAUACUCCACAGCACUGGAAAUUAGAGGAGAAAUAACCUUUAAAAGGCUUAAGAAACAACAUUUUCCCAAGCAUUACA